AUGAGACUAAUCGUUCUGACUCUGCUUGUAGUACUUAUUCAAGCUGUUUCAGCUGAAACAGUACGAUCUCAUCUGCCUCGUAGAAGCUUUCGUUCAAGUUUACGGGUUAGACAUGCUAUUCCACCUUCAUUCUCUAGCCAAAACACAGUUAUUCAUCGUCGACAACGCAUCCGACCAUCUUUGCUCCAAAGAGUUCCAGUGGUGCCUUCAACGCACUUGUUGAAGCCGAACAGAAAGAGAACACGCGGUCCAGUUCCUCCCGCAAUCCCGACUAGGAAGCCACAUUUCUUGCGACCAUCAAAACGAGUUGGGCCUCCAGCAAUGAAACCACCUCGAGGAAUUGUUGAUAAAUUGAACAAGGCAUCAAGUAAUGACUUCCGUAGAUUAGCGGCUUUCUUACUUCGUCGCCACAAGCAAUAA